GAGCUGAGUUUUAAUUUGGAGGAAAACAGUAACGAUAUCACACCAAACCACUCUUGUAUCAUCUUUCGUGCUGUGCCUGCUACUUAAAGCCCUCUGCUCCUCCUCUUUUCUGCUUCUGUUCUUCCUCACGCCCUCCAUGGACAACAAACGAGUUAUUCGCUCCAGAGCAAACAAGGCCUCUGCCUCUCGCUCGCUGCCCUCCAAAACUCCCUACGACAGACCUCCUUCUCAGAAAGACAAGCGUAUUGUUAUUCUCAACGACGACUCCCACUCUCAGUUCUCUUCUUCUUCUGCUGCUCUUCCUCUUCUCAACAAGUUUUCCAGAUUCACCAAUUAUUUCUCGCCCACCUCCUGGUUCAAAUCGAGUCCCACCAAGUCCUCCCACCCCAAACCUCUUCCUACAAAUUCCAGUCGCGACAAUCACGAUAUUAACCACAAUCUCCAAUCUCUCCCAGGCCCAUCCAGUCCUUCCAAUAACAAUAUAACCAUACAAAUUGAACCAAGGCCCUCUUCCAGCGAUGUUCAUUUCAAAUCUGUCAAUCUAAAACCUUUUACUUUUGCUCCUCCCGAUUUGUCCAAACUAAAUAACAUAACCUCAAGCUCCCAAAUAUCCACCAAACAAAAUACCACUGAUAUCAAUAAUAACCAAAAUAACCAAAAUAACCGAAAUAACGAUAAGUUAUCUAUAAACUCGAUAAUAAACGAAAAUAACGAUAAAUCUCCAGAUGAGAUCUUAUCUUUUUACCUACAAAAAAAGGGUAUUGACGAAUUGGAAUCCCAAAAUAUUAUCUCUCUCGUUCACAUGCUAAACAAUAAACAAAAUAUCUCUGAGAAUACCACAAACAACAAUAACGACAACACAACGUUUGAAAAUCUCAAUAACGAUUACUCAAUUCAGUCAUCUUCAACUCCUUCCUCUAAAAAAAUACUAAAUUCCUCCAACUUUCAAAAUUAUCCAAACAAAAUCAACGACCAACUAGAAACCUCCUUUUUAAACUUGACUCACUCAACUCUAAAAAGCAAUAAAAGAUCUUUCGAUCAAAACAUACCACUUUCUUCCAAUCAAAAUAUAACCUCCACAAACAAAAAAAUUCAUAGAAAAUCAAAGAGCUUCAACUCCCCUUCUUCCACUGAUAACUACAACUAUAACAACAACCACAACCAAAAACUAAGUGAUACUGCUUCAACUCUCCUACAAAUCAUAUCCAACAACUCAAUAUCAAAUGAUCUUAAUAACAAUAACCACUUAAAUAAUACAAAUGCAAAUACAAAUACAAUAACUAGCAUAGACACGAUAAAUAACCUGAACAACUUUUUUUCUACUGAUAACAACUCUUUAGAUCAGAAAAUUCUCAACAUAGCUAACCCAUAUGCAAUAAACUCAAUAUCAAAAAUUAAAAAAAAAUCACUAAAAUCAAAAUCCUUUAAGGAAAACAAUUCUUCCUCUAUCAACACUACUACUACUACUACUACUACUACUAAUAAUAAUAAUAAUAAUAAUAAUAAUAAUAAUAAUAAUAAUAAUAAUAAUAAUAAUAAUAAUAAUAAUAAUAAUGAUAACACAAAAAGCAAGAAUAACAACGACAACUUGCAUAUCAAAAACUACAACAAUGCUCUCGAUCAAGUGAAUAAAACUGUAUCUGACUAUGAUAAGUCUCAAAUUCUAAAUUCAAGCACUCCCAAAAGUUCAAACAACAACAACAACAACGAAAAUAUCUUACAGAGUACAGUAAAAGUUGCUAACAAAAACAAACUAUUAUACAAUAACCUCGCUUCCUCUCCCAUAUUUCCAAAUAAUAACAUCAACACCUCUUUUAAUAAAUAUAAACCCUCGAAAUCUUCUUCUCUACGAGAAACUACUGUUCUACUUGAUAACCAUAAUGAUGAUGAUAACGAUAACAAUAAAAAAUCACAAAAUUUUGAAACUCAAAAAAUACCACCUGUCAAAUCUCCUCUUGAAAAUAAUACUCCUUCUCCCGUAACAAUUGAAAGUGAUGAUGAAAACAUUGUAGACAAUUCACUUGCACUUUUAACUAAUGCCAUUCACAACAAUCCUUAUACAAAUCCUGAUAGUGAAUAUAUUAAUGAUAGCGCUAAAAUAAAUCGCAACAUUCUCAAUUCAAAUCAAUCAAAUGAUCUCAAUGGCAACGACUAUAUUACAAAUGAUAAUCAAACAGAAAUCUCAGAAUAUUCAAUACCAAGGUCAAAUAAUGAUUACAGUACUAUCUUUGUUUUUCCCAAAAUAUUAAAACAAGAAUAUUCUCUAAGUCAAGUGAAUGAAGAAAAGGCUUUGCUAUAUAAGUCGGUUUUCAAAUUCUAAAAUCGUCAAUUAUGCCAAUCCUCAUUACUAAAGAAUUAUCUGGAAUAUUCUUUUCAUUAUUUUUUUUCAACAAUUUUAAUUUUUGUUGGUUUUUUUUCGUUUUACUUUUUUUUCCCUUUAUUUGUUUCCCCUUCAUCAUCCCUCAUGAAUAACAAUGGUCAGUUAGUUUUUUUUCCUUUCUCUUGUUAUUAUUAAUCUGAUUACUAUCACUGUUAUUAUUUUUAAUUCAAGUUGAUACUUUGACAUAUUUAAUAUUUUUCAUUGAUAUUUUAUAAAUUUAGUUUCAUUUUUUU